UCCUUCUUCUGUCUCGUUUGUCCUUCUCACAUUCUUCCUCCUCCCAUUGAAUUGGUAGCAGUGAAGCAAUCGUGGAGAAGCUUCGAGAAUUUCUGAAUGGGAAGGGGAAGAGUGGAGUUGAAAAGGAUCGAAAACAAGAUCAACAGGCAAGUCACCUUCUCAAAGAGAAGAUCUGGUUUGAUCAAGAAAGCCCGCGAGAUCUCUGUGCUUUGCGAUGCUGAUGUGGCUCUCAUAGUCUUCUCUACUAAAGGCAAGCUUUUGGAAUACUCUAACCACCCUUCUAUGGAAAGAAUUCUUGAACGGUAUGAGAGGCAUUCGUAUGCGGAGAAGCAAGAAGGUGCAGGUGAUCAACCACCAAAUGAAAACUGGGCUAUAGAACACGAAAAAUUGAAGGCUAGGGUGGAGGUACUACAGCGACAUCAAAGGAAUUUCAUGGGAGAAGAGCUUGAUAACAUAAAUCUUAGAGGACUUCAGAGUUUAGAACAACAACUUGAUUCCGCCCUCAAACACAUUAGAUCACGAAAGAACCAAGCCAUGCAUGAAUCUAUUUCAGAGCUUCAGAAAAAGGAUAAGGCUCUUCGGGAACGUAACAACUUGCUCGCCAAGAAGAUAAAAGAAAAAGAGAAGGCACUGGAGUCCCUGAGUAUUGGAGGUUCCCCAGAAGCGAGAUGUAAUGAAAGAACUCCAACAUCAACUCAACCUAAAACCAUAAUUCCUCCUUGGAUGAUGACUCUUCCUACACAUGAAUAGAAGAAGCUUGUUAGGAUCAUUCCACUUGUAUAUAAAGUUCACAUGAAGACAUUUGCUGCUGUCUAUACCGCUUCGGUUGUAACUUGUAUGUGAGCUGUGUGACUGCAUUUUAAUGUUGCUAAGUACAUCAAAGGUUCUGCAUAUAAUAAUACUAAUAAAAUUGUGUUUCAACAAAAAGGGUUCAAGUUUACAACAUAUCCAAUAUAAAAUUCUUCAUAACUUUACCUAUAGUGCCGAAGCUUUUUUUAUAGGCAAUGAAUAUAUUAAAAGGAGUAUUUUAUUCACAUGCACAAAAAACCGACAAACUUACGAUGAUGACUAUAUAUGUUAUAUUGUAGUAGUCAACAAAUAUUAAAUAAUCACCUUUGUGACCCUGUGCAGAAAGAAUCGGCAGUCCAAUCGGUGUAUUGUUGCAAUACCAAAAACUAGAGCUGUCAAAAUGGGUAACCCGGCUCGACCCGAUC